CCUCCCCUCCACAGUCUAAUAGCACAUUCUGGAAUACAUCUCCACCUCACCCUCCACAGUCUAAUAGCACAUUCUGGAAUACAUCUCCACCUCACCCUCCACAGUCUGAUAGCACAUUCUGGAAUACAUCUCCACCUCACCCUCCACAGUCUGAUAGCACAUUCUGGAAUACAUCUCCACACCGAAUGCCUCAUCAAGUGAUGCAUGCUGUCAAUUCUGUCAUGAUGAUACCCACAUUAUGAGUAUAUUUGGAAAGCCAUAUUUGAUCCCUGAUCAGCUUUAAUGUGAGUCCCACCUGUAACUCCUGCAUACAACUAUUGAGACAUCCUGAACAGAUCUUAAAGCCAGAGUUCUUAAAGAGUUCUUAUAACCUUUUAGUGUUCAAAGCAAUUUCACUCAGACCUUAGUGGUACAGCAAUAACUCCACAGAAAGACAGGUGACUUCAUCAUCUGGUUGUUUGUCAGUUAUUGACAUACCUGCAUACGUGUGUGUGGUAUAUGUGCAUGUUUGUGUGUGUGUGUGUGUGAGAGAGAGAGAGAGAAAGAGAGGGAGUAUUUAGUUAAACAGACUUGAAAUAAACAACAUAGUUCUCAUUCUCCCAUCAUAUCAGUCUAGCAAAAUGUGAAAAAACGUGUGAUGCGUAAUGAAUUUGAACUAGUGUGGUUUCUAUGGAAACAAUAGGUUCACCUCAGACCCAUAUCUCCCACUACCACCCACCCACCAACAAACACACAUAUACACACCCCAAACUGGUGUGUGUGUAGCUGGGAGGGGUGAUGUCCUAGGCUGUGUGUAUGUUUGUGUGUGUGUGUGUGUCAGAGAGAGAGAGAGAAGUUAGAAGAGGAGAAACGUGAGGGGUCACUCAAAGAACUCUCAUUCUUAUGCAAAUAACCCCAAAUGUAUGCAUGGCAGGAAUUGUAGCACCUCUUUAUAAACAAAAUAUGAUGUCAGAGCCUGUGGACCAGCAUAUGCACAAACAAGACAUAUGAUCCCACAGGAUUACUCUGUGUGUGUUUGUGUGUGUCUAUGUCCGUGUGUAUAUGUGUGGUGUGUGUGUGUGUGUGUGUAAGAGAGUUCAAUGUUUCAUGUCCUUCUGUUGCUCCCAUUACAUUGUAAAUACAUAUGGCACCAUUGUGUCAUUUAUACACACACACACACACACAUACUGUACAUACAUACACAUACAAGCAUACAUACAGUAUACAUACAUAAAUACAUUCAGAAUGUAUGCUGCAUAUGCAGACAUUAAAAUACACGCGUCCACUUGGUAUAUGGUAGAUGUUACAUUGUAGCAUAUAGCGGUUCUUUCUCUGAUGUGCUUAGAUUUAAUCUGUCUCCCACUUCCAUUCUCCGAGGGAAAUAGACCAGGGAAAGACUGGAUGAGUGGAAGUGAAAGAGAGCUAUAUGAGAGAGCAUGCAACUUUGUUUUCAUGAUUUGUAUUCAUCCAUCUUGAGUUUUGGACCUGUCAUUCUUACAAUGUAGCAGUUUCCUAUGGGGGAUCAUGUCAUCUGAGUUCUCUAACCCUGCCACCCCCCUCUACCAAACAGACAGUGGAAUGGUCCAUAGCUUGCUCAAAAGGCAGCCUCUGCAGUCAAGUCCAUAUUGAAGCAAAAAAAAAUGGGGGGGGGGGGGGCACUUCUGGCAAGUGGAUAUCAACAGGAACCACUGGAAAAUGAUGAUAUGAAAUGUGGCUGACACUAGUGGAGACAUAUAAUCCCAUAGAGUGGACUGAAGACAUCAUUAUCGCAAUAGCAUAUUAAUCAACCAUUAUGGAAUGCAAACUGCGCACAUGCACAGAAACAUGUUUUUAAUAUUAAUACAUAUACAGAAAUAUAUGAAAAAAUAUACAAAUAUAUAUUUACUUAGAAUGCUAUGCACUUGCUAAUGGGAUCCACCCCACCCUGUCCGGGGUUGUAGUCAUGUUAUGGAUGUACUGAUAGCAUCUUAGCAACCACCAGACUGCUGGGGAAUGCCUGCUGCCGUGGAAACGGACCCACGGCUUGUUAACCUCUUUCUCCUGUGUUUUUUUAUUGCUAUGGAGAUGGCAAUAUAUGGAAAAAAAUACAAUCCUUUCAGCACUGCUGUGAGGGACAUGUAUGACCCUGUACACCAGCUCAAACAUUUACAACAUUAAUAAAGAAAAUAAAUAUCCACAGAUAUAUCUGAGCAUUUAUCUGUGUCUGUUUGCGAGUAUGUCUGGUUGUGUGCAAGGCUUUCAGAAAAAAAGCAUCUCCCUCCUCAUAAAAAUCGUGAGGAUUUGCUGUAGUACCUUUAAAGGUUUACCUGACAGACCUUAAGGAAGCCUUUGUUUAGGCAGUAAACUUUGUUUUGUAAAGUGUGUACAGUAAUGUGUGUUUGUGUGAAUGCCCAUGUGUUGGUGCAUGUACUCCCCAGAUAACACAGUUUGUGUAUGAAUAUACACAAUACACAGCCGUUUUGUCCAUGUUAUACAACAUGUAAAUUCUAUGUACUGCAUGAAUAGAUGACAUCAGCAAAGGAGAAAUCAAAAAGGUUUAUUGUAAUUAUUAACACAAGACACCGACACAUACAGAUACUAAGUGAAGACAAUUUGCAGCUGUGCUUAACUCUCAGAAGAACGUUGGCACUCUGCUGAACAUGUGACAUUCCUCAGUAAGGCUUCAGUAUGGGAUGAUGUGUGGACGCCCUCCUCCUCCCUUCCAGUCUACUGGUCUUUGCUUUGACAUUACAAUGCCACUAGAGGGCAGCAGGCCUCACUGACCCUUCCCAGUCCAGCUGGACAUUUCUCUAUUCUCUGCCAUCAACACUGCAGGGACACCUCAUACCUUCUGCUCUCUCUCUUGCCCUCUCUCUCUCUAACUGUUUGUGUAUUUAUUGAUUAUUGUUAACACAUUGAAGCCAAUAUAUGUUGCACUUACUCUACAUGAGUUAUUAUGUCUUUAAAAAUCUGAAAUGAUUUAUAAAAAUGAAAUAUGAAUGGUUUUGUAUUUUUCCCCCCUCUCCAUGUCCCUGUGUCCCUCCCCCACCUUUCUCCCUCUGUCUGGACCCCCCACCUGCAUCAUUAAAACUCUUUGAUGGCUGACGGCUCUUCAUGGACUGUGUAGUGAAAGUGCUCUCUGUCCAACAGCUCAGUGCCAUAACAGGGCUCCAGCCUCAUUUAAACCCCAGAGGUGUCACUCAGGAGAAAGUGUGUGUGUAGUCAUUAGUUUGUAAAUGUGUAUUCCACUGUGUGUAGGCUAUGUGUGUGUGUGUGUGUGUUUGUGUGUGUGCGCGCCCGCGCGUGUCCAAUGUCCAAAGGUAGCACUGUGAUCUUGAAUACCUCCAGCUUCUUCAGUAAUUGUACUUAAUACAUGUUGUUGGUGUAUAUGUGUAUAGCAUAAUGCUUGGAUUAGUCCAGGCUUAGUGCAUCCAACAUUUUGUGCUUAAAUCCCCAUUACCUUUGUUUGAGAUAAUAAUACAUAUAACAUGGGGUUUUUAUCAGAGUCGCCAACCCAAAAGAAGACACAGUUGUGUAUUGUACGGAGAUGUGAGACCGCCGGGCGGGGCAGAAAGGCAGGCUUGACAGCAUCGGAUACAUGUUCUACCCGAGCGACCUCCUGGCAUUCGACAUAAAAGUUAAUGGAGCGAAACAUGUUGAUUGAACCCGGCCAUAGCGUAUACGUCAGGAUGUAGACGCACUGCACCAGGUCACCUCAAGAAACGUGCACUGUAAUUCGCGUACAGCUUUUAUGUCCUAUUAUUACUGUUUGAAAAUGAUGGAGAGGCUACAGCUAUGUGAUUGUCAUCGAUUGCAUCGUAUGACGGAAUUGAGACGGUUAAGGGAUUUGUUUAUCCCUUGUCCUUCCCAGCGGGAGCGCGCUGGGCGGGGUCCGUGUGUCCGUGCCGCUGUCACUGCAUGGUCUAGUGAUCCCUGCAAGUCAUCAGUUUUCCGCCGGCGCGAACGAUAAGCGCCUGAUAACAUCAACGGACAAGUGGCGAAUCAACACUGCCUUCGCGUCCACAGCUGUAUCUCCCUGUUCUACAAGGAAGCGGUAUGUAAUUAAGCGUGUUAACUUUAUGAGGAAACAGUCGACUACAGCUGACUUACAAGCGACACUGCACAGCCUAUGGAGCUUCUGUUGUGGUGUGUGAUGGACAGGCAGACUGACAUGCGCAUCCAGCCUGAAGCAUUUAGGUUCUGUCACUGGUUGAGAGAUGGAAUUUGAUGGAUGCGAGUACCUUCUAUAGGCUACAUCGUCUACGUAGCCCACUACCUACGUAGCCCACCAACAUACAGACAUCCUUUCUCUGUCCUCCUGUCCUCUCUGUUUGAGUGACUGUCCCUGCAUUCCACCAAAGAGAUGGCGGAGGCCUUGAUAGCUGUGGCUCAGGACCAGUUUAGCUGUCCAGUGUGUUUGGACCUGCUGCGGGACCCUGUGACGCUCCCCUGCGGCCACAGCUACUGCACCGGCUGCAUCAAGGGCUGCUGGGACCAGGAGGACCAGCGAGGCAUCUACAGCUGCCCCCAGUGCCGGCAGACGUUCUCCCCUCGGCCAGUGCUCGGCCGCAACGCUAUGCUGGCCGAGGUGGUGGAGAAGCUAAAGCACACGGGCGAGCAGGCCUUGGGCCCUGCGGCGCUGACCGUAGCCGGACCGGGCGACGUGGAGUGCGGCGUGUGCUCCGGCAACAAGCUGAAGGCAGUCAAGUCGUGCCUGGUAUGCCUGGACUCCUACUGCCAGAGCCACUUCAGCUGCCACGAGGAGCUGCACGCAGUCAAGAGGCACCAGCUGGUGGACGCCUGCGCCCAGCUGCACGAGAAGAUCUGCCACGCACACGACAAGCUGCUGGAGGUGUUCUGCCGCACGGACCAGCAGGUCAUCUGCCUGCAGUGUGUCAUGGACAAGCACAGUGGACACAAGACUGUGUCGGCCGCCACCGAGAGAGCUGAGAAACAGAAGCAACUUGGGAAGAAGCAGCAGAAGUCCAGACAUCACAUCAAGGAGCGGGAGGAGAAGGCGGCCGAAUUGAGAGAUGCCAUGAGCUCUCUUAAAUCCUCCACGGGUACAGCGCUCAGCUUCAGCGAGCGCAUCUUCAGCGAGCUGCUGGUGUCCAUUGAGAAGCGGCGCUCCAAGCUGGAGGAGGUGAUCCUGGCCCAGGAGCGUGCCGAGCUGCAGCGGGCUGCCAGCUUCCUGGAGCGGCUGGAGCAGGAGAUCUCCGCACUGCGCCAGCGAGAAGCUGAGCUGGAGCAGCUCUCGCACACCGAGGACCACGUCCAGUUCCUCCAGAGAUUCCAGUCUCUGCGCAGCUGUCCAGUACUUGAGGAAUUACCCAGCACAACUAUCAGUUCUAUGUUGCCUGUUCAGGACCUUUUAAGGGCUGCCAAUGAUGUGAAAAUGAGGACCGAAGAUCUGCUGAAUAAGCAAAUAGACAAGAUAUCUCUCUAUGAGCCUCAGAUUGCACCAGCUGCUGAGCCAAAGACCAGAGACGAGUUCUUACAAUAUUUCUGUCAACUGACACUGGAUCCCAAUACUGCUUUCAAGCGUCUGAACCUGACUGAGGGGAACCUAGAGGCCAUAUCCACCAACCAGGACCAGGCUCUGCCUGAUCACCCUGAGCGCUUCAACCACAGGCCGCAGGUGCUGUGCCGCGAGGCCCUGAGCACUAAGUCCUACUGGGAGUUUGAGUGGAUGGGGAAGUGUGGCGUGGAGGCUGUGGUGUCCUACAAGGGCAUCAGCAGGAAAGGCCUGGGCAACGAGUGUCUGUUCGGCUUCAACGACCAGUCCUGGUGCUUCAUCUGCGCGCCGGCCAGGCACAUCUUUUGGCACGACUCGGUGAAAGCCGAGCUGCCGGGGCCGGGCUCCACGAGGGUGGGCGUGUAUCUGGACCCACCAGCAGGACUGCUAGCCUUCUACCGCGUCACCGACCCCACAACCUCUGACCCCACAAUGACCCUCCUCCACAGGGUCCACACCACCUUCACCCAGCCUCUCUACCCUGGCUUUGGGUUUGGGCUGGGGGCCAGCGUCAGGGUUUGCUGUCUGAAGGACUGAACAAGACUCUGGAUGCUCUCACAAAUUCCCCUCCAGCAAGCCAUUUCUCAUGUUUAUUCUGCCAAAAAAGCACAGAAGACUGUUGAAGGUUGUGGAGAUAUUUAGAUUACUGUAUAUAAUUAUACAAACAAGUAAAACAUUUCUUCAAGCUGUGAAUGGUGGGGGUUCGGAAAGAGUGCAAACCAUUUGCUGCAAUAGUUCUGAAACUCUUCGGCAAGGGGUUUAAAACACCAACCAGUUAUACUAUUUUAGGAUGACCAAAGACUCUGUUGGUUGGCUCUAGCACAUAUGGAAAGCUGUCUCAAUGGGAACUCGGUGGUUUUCACGAAACUGCACAAUAGCAUAAAGUAAACCAAAAUUAAACCUGCACUAAAUCUGAACUUUCCCCCAGUACCUGCUGUUCCAGUCUUCUCUGGUUGCCCUUUGAUUUGCUGCUCCGGCUGAUGGAACCGCUUUAAGAUCCUCGUGUCCUCAUCAGCUGUAAAAUGCCUUACCUGUCUCUGGUGCCAUGUGUCAUUUGUCAUGUCAUGUCUAAUAACUAUUUAUCCUAACUCACCAGCAUUCUGUCACAAACAUUUGAUGCCAAUUAAAAACUGCAAUAUUUGA